GGGCCACGCUAUGAUGAAAGCCCUUACUGUAUUUUUGCUGUGCUUAACAUCCGCAUAUGCGGUAUCAGUACACUUUCCUGCUGAAAAAACACUGAUUUACAAUUACUAUGCCGACGUAAAAGCUGGGACUGUCGAGCCAGCGCAAUAUGUCUCCCAGUUCGCUCUUACUGGGCAACUUCAUGUAAAGAAGGAUACCAGUGAUCCGACUUUAAAUAAUGCUUAUUACAUCAAAUUAAACAAUUUAAAGUAUGGCAUGUACAAUGGCAUGGUUGUACAUCACCAACCGGUCAAAGUUCUUCACGAACUCGGAGAAGCCGCACAGCAAAUUCAAGAACCGUUCGUGAUCGUUUAUGAUGAAUCUAGCAAGCUCCAGGGCAUCAAAAUGCCAGAAACCGAGAGCGGUUGGUCAAGGAACAUCAAGCAAGGUAUCGCCUCGAUGCUGCAAUUGGAUCUGGCUCACAUCCAGAUGCAAACCCCAUUGAAGCCGCAUGGUUUCAUCACGCAUGAGAACACCAUCCACGGUACCUGUCAAGUCGCCUAUGAUGUCCACCUGAAAAACUCGACGAAUUCAGAGAACACCAACGUCUUCGUAGUCACGAAAAUGCACGAUUUACGAAACUGCAGUCAUUUCGUUCAGCGUGCCUUCGAUUACUUCGAAUGUGAGAAGUGUCAUAUGGAGUCUGUGGAUGACAUAACUACUUUCGCCAGAAGAGUCUUCGAGAUCAAACGGCAGGAUAAUGAAAUCUUCGUCGAACGUCUAGUUGCUCACUCAACUAUUAAUUAUUUCCCUUAUAAUAGUCGAUCUGAAUCUCACUACCUCUUGACCAACACUACUUUGGACCUACAUUCCAUAGUACCAACGACAGAAGUUCCUGUACUGGCUGUUCAGAACGUGCCUAUUAUUCGCGAUAUUACUUUCAACAAGCCGUUGGGAAAUUACGCUCUCCAUGCUGCCGAAGAUCUUACUCAUGGUCGACAUAUUGUGAAAUUGGAUACGCUUAUCCCUAAACUUAAAAAGAUGUUGGUCGAAGCUGCUGACUAUCUUGAAGAAGAUCACUUGGAGGCCAAAGAACCCGAAUGGAAACACGGGCAAACCAUCAAUAGACUACAGCACACUAUGAGCUAUAUGGAUCUAGGUUCACUGGAGCAAGUUUACAACGCUAUUCAGGAUUCGAAGACGCCCAAGGAAGACACGAUGAGGAACAUCUUCUUGCGAAUGAUUCCAACCGUGGGCACGACCGCCGCCUGCCACUUCGUACGCAACGUCGUUCGUAAGCACAAAGUGAGCGAUAAUACUGCCGUCGAUAUGUUGAGGAAAUUGCCGAUGCAUGUCAAAGUACCGUCUGAGAGAUUGCUUCUGGAAAUGGAAGACCUGUUGAAAUUAGGUAGCACUGUGUCACCGCAAGUUAGAAAAGCCAGCAUCCUUUGUUUCUCUAUUUUGAUUCGUAAGACGUUCAUGCAUCAGCAGAGUGACAUCAUCAACCCUCUUCUCGAAAGAUAUCUUCACCGUUUCUUCGAUCAUGUCAAGAACGAGCAAUCAUACGAGAUGAAAGUGAUAUAUCUUAUGGCAAUGAGAAACGUGCAAGUGGGUAACAUCGAGAAGCUCUUGGAGCCAAUCAUCCGUGGUGAAGUUAUGAUAUCCGAAUACCCAUAUCAUAUUCGCGCUCAAGCAAUCUGGGCCAUUAAGAAGGCAGUCUCCGAUAGAGUCGAGUAUACUCACAAUCUGCUCUGGCCUAUUCUCGCUGAUGUCACUCAACCGUUAUCUAUCAGGAUUGUCGCCUAUGAAACUUUAAUGAGCCAGAUGCCGGACAUGCAACGUAUCAUGAAUAUCUAUUGGCUCAUGACACAGGAGCCGAACAAUCAUCUGUACAACUAUCACUUGACUACUCUGAAAGGUCUCGCUAAUUCCGUGGAUCCUUGCCUCACGCCAAUUCGUGAAAUGGCUAGGAAGGUUUUACGCUUCACAAGGAUCAGACCGGUUACCACUCAACUAUCAUCUAAACAAUUCGUCGACUAUACAGAUCCUAUGUAUGAAUUUGGUGAAUCCUGGAAUACCGCAUGGAUUCUCGAAGAAUCGACCGGUACGCCCUACGCUGGAUACUUUGAAUAUCACAAUUCACUCGCUCGUAAACCUACCAAUAGAAUGGGUAUCUACUGGAGCUCCCAUGGCUUGGACGAGAUCAUGAAAGUGGUCAAGAAGGAAUUAAUUGGCACCUCCGUAAACAAUCUCACCAACAAGAACGUGCAAAACAUCUUGAUUCGUGCCGCACAGGACAUGCCGAUGAAGAAACCUGUUCACUUGGAUAUCUGCAUCACGCUGAACGGUCUUGUUGUCCUUUUCAAUCACUAUGAUCAGAACACCUUCAAGAAUAUGUUCGACGACGCAUACCAAGCGCUGAAGCAAACAGUGGUUGGUAAUAUCCAGGAAAUCUUAUACGACACCCUUUACGAGGUGCAAGUGCCUACCGACAUGGGCCUGCAGGGAGUUUUCAAUACCAAGAUGCCUCAGCUGUGGUCGUUCAAGUUCAACAACGUUCAAAACGAACUAAAGAAGCCGUCAAUGAACUUGAAGCUUGAUGUCGACACUCGCAUCUGGAGGCAUGGUGAAUAUGUCAUGUCGAUUUACAACCCGAUUGUCGACGUUUGGCACUCAGUUCGUCGCGCUACUGUCCAAGAUAUUAUCUUGCCUAUGCAAAUGAGCAUCGGUUAUAAUCACGAGGCGAAGAGUCUCAAAAUCACCUUGCCGAGACUACCUGUCACUAAACAGUCAAUCACCGGAAUACGAUCCUACUCGAAGAACUUGGUAACCAUCACCGAAGACGAGCAAGAUGUUCUCAAGACCUGCUGUGCUGAUUGUCUUCAUCACACGGUCGUCACUACCGGCGAGAAGAAGAAUCGUCACGUCACCAUGGAUUCUAAAGACGUAGGUCUUAAAUACAGCAUGUCAGUCUUCGAUUGCGAAAAUGAGAUCACUCAGAUGACUAAUGCCGAGGAAUGGCAGCGUGUAUUCUCCGCGGAACACAAGAACACUUGGAACUCAAAGCUUCUCCAAUACUACAUGGGUAUUCGUCAAAGAAUGAUGAAUGAGUACGCUCUACCGAAAAUGGGUAACUGUGGAACACUGUUGAAGAUGGAGCCUAGCAUUGUUUAUCCUACGUCGCAUGUCGAUUUGAACAUACGAAUCAAUGUGGAGGAUGUUGAUCACAUUCAUGAAAAGAUUUACACUCUUAGCAGCAACAAGAUCAAUGUACGUGCUACCCUCGACGCUAAAGCAGCUUCCACAAAUGAAUCCAUUCGUUCGUGGGACAUGAACGUGAACGUUGAUUUGUCUCCGGGACACCUAGUGAACAAUUUCAAAAUUCAGAUGACGAGAGAGACUCCAGGAGAAAAGAAUUUGAAGAUUUGCUUAGAUGCUCAGAAAAACUAUCCAGUCGUCGAAACGGAUCCCUUAAAGAUCGACACCACUAAAGAAGAGACCAACAACAAGAUUUCCAUUACAGCAGGAUUUACAGAUGACGAUAAGUGUGUUCGUGACGAUAUGAUGAUUGUGAUGACUCUCAAAGGCGAGAUGACAGAAGAACAAAAGAGGCAAAUGACGCACAAUAAUAUGCAUGGUGCUUGCGUUAAAGACACCCAAAACCUGCAAUUCCAGAACAAGCUGAGCCAUAUUCCCAAAACUAUGAACUGCGUUCGUGAAACCUUACACUACACGACUCUGAAGAAAUAUACCAUUAAUACAACGUACAAAAAGGUGCCUGUACAGAUACUCUCGUAUCUUGCUAUGAUUGAAGAUUACAUUCGCGCAUCGCAUUUAUCGUACGUAAGGUAUCUCGUAGAUCGUGUUGAAAGCGGUAACGCGAAGAUUAUGAUUGAGUACUCCUCCGAUCUGAGUCAUGUCAAUACAACCAUCGUUACUCCGGUUAACGGAUAUGAAUACGUUCAAGUUCCCUUGCAGCAACAUCUCUUCGAGGGCAUGGUUGUGGACAGACCUGUGUCGCAUCCACAAUGGCACUCCCUCAUGGACAAUACUCGUUUCUCUGUAGGUGUUGUUCAUAAGCUGAUGCAAGGGCAGACUAAGAUCUGCACUGUUUAUCCACAAGCAUUAGUCACUUUGGACGAGGGUGUGAUUCCAUUCGUAGUUUUCGAUAAAUGGACCCUUGUAUCCGCUGACCACAUUGACUGGACAUAUGCUGUUUUCGUGAAAUCCGUGCAAGGUACCAAAUUAGCCAUAAAGAUGUAUGUUGCCGAUCAUGAAAUGGAGAUUGUACCAAACGAGUUUAAUACCGUCGUUACGGUUGAUGGCAAUGUAAUCAACCAGCAUGAGAAGGGAGUUGUAAUACCAAAAGACGAACCAAAGUCUUACGCGUUAAAACUUACCGAGAACUAUGGGCAUCUUGUGAUCCAAUCUCAACGCGUACCAAUACUGAUGAUGUGGACCCCCGACAGCGUGUCCGUGAUACUGGAUACUACUUUGCAAGGUCAUGUGACCGGCGUGUGCGGACACAUGGACGGCACGCAUAAAGAGAAACUUCCCAAGAUUUACACCGUUAUGAAUCUUUAAUUAUAUAAUAAUA